CUCCGUCACUUACCCCAUGCCUCCAGCGUCAAACAAGCGAGACCAGGGCGCAAUAGGUGCAGACCUCAUUGUCACCUACUACUCCGACCUGGCUCAGUGUGAGAUCCUCCCAACUGGCUCGCGAUACACUACUUCCGGUAGCUUCAAGGCCGGGACUUUCCUGCCAUUCAUCCAACCCGCAUUCAUCCACGACAUCUAUCCGCGUCUACUCAGCACCAGGGACGAGGAAAGUUCCGGCAUUCCCAUAUACUCUCCAUGUUCAACGCCGAAAGCAAGAAGAGGAACUUUAGAGGAGGACUGGGAGGGUUAAUGGUUCAGCAUCGUCGCCCGACUCUUGCCGAACAAACUUACCUUCCACGACGCCAGGCUGGACGGAUGGGAAGGAGAGGAAACUGAGUCUUGUGCAGGUGGCAAGGCACUUGCCUGUUGC